UUCAUGCUUAAAGUAGUCAUUCACAUCAAAUAUUAAAAGCAACGGUGUCGUUUGGAUAAACCUGAAACAUCCUGUGUUGCUGCUUGCUUACCGCCUGACUCGUUUUCUUUUUACAAGAGAACGGAUCGUAGUUCAAAACCCUAAAUUCGUUAAUCGGCCGAGUGUUUUGAUUGACUGUCUCCUUCUUUUGAGUGAUUAUUAUUUGAAUUGCUCAUCAAUCCCAACUCAGCAAGAUGUACGGAACCGAAAAAGUCUCUGAAGAUGCUGAGCGAACUGCUUUCAGAAGAGCAGAGAAGAAGUACAAGCUAUAUUAUGAAGACACUUUUAAAUCCUCCAAAAAGAAAAAACAACUCAAACGAGUUGAUUUAUCGGAGGUUUUGGAUUUCAAGUCUAUACUAGAUUCAUACAAUCAGAACAUCCAACUUUCUCAGGGAAUUUCCGCUCUGCAAUGUGGUUUCAACCGUCCAGUUUUCUGCUUGGAAAAUCGCCCCGGGUUUUAUUUCAUUCCUGGAGCGUUGAGUGUAGAAGAGCAAUGCCAAUGGAUAAGGGACAGCUUAAAAAGCUUCCCUCAACCUCCAAACAGAACAAAUCACAAUGCUAUUUAUGGACCUAUACAUGACUUAUUUGUUGCUGCCAAAGAAAAGAAAGUGUUGGUGGAGGAGGAGAGUUCACUCCCUAGUUUGGAUUCCGGAGCUAAUUAUUGUGUUAAGAAUGGGGAUUCUCAUAGAUGGAAAUUUUGUGAGGGACAUCUUGCAAUAUUGAGUGGGAAGACAAGUAAGUCAGUUUCCGCUCAAGUUCUAUUGCGGAAGUUGAGGUGGAGUACCCUUGGCUUACAAUUUGACUGGUCCAAGCGAAACUAUGAUGUAUCUCUUCCACAUAACAAGAUCCCUGAUGGACUUUGGCAACUAGCAAAAAGACUAGCUGUACCUGCAAUGCCUGUAGGAGAAGAAUUUCAGCCUGAAGCUGCAAUAGUAAACUAUUUUGGAUUGGGUGAUACACUGGGGGGCCACCUUGAUGACAUGGAAGCAGAUUGGAGCAAACCUAUAGUAAGCAUGAGUUUGGGUUGCAAAGCUAUUUUCCUUUUGGGAGGUAAGUCCAGAGAGGACCCACCAUCAGCUAUGUUUCUCCGAAGUGGUGAUGCUGUACUUAUGGCUGGAGAAGCAAGGGAGUGUUUUCAUGGUGUACCUCGGAUUUUCACAGACGAAGAAAAUGCCGAAAUUGCUCCUCUUGAAUUGCAGUUCUCGCAUGAAGAAGAUUGUUCUUUCUUAGAAUAUAUCAGAACUUCAAGAAUUAACAUUAAUAUUAGACAAGUUUUCUGAGUGUAAUUUUUUUUACACCAUAUUCUAGAUUUAAUCGAAGAAUUAAAUCAAUAUUCUUAACUUAAGAGAGUGAUGUUGGAGACUAUGACAAUCAGAGAGCAGAGAACUAAGAUAACGGAAGGCAACCAGGACACUUAAAGACAUACGAAAUAGAUUGCUACAAAACAGAGACAACAAUCACAGGUGUUUCCAUAAAUUUAUUUUUGAAGUUCCAUUUCUGUAGAUUAUUUUUUCUGCAAUACAUUUCAACUGUUUAACAAACUCUUCAAUACUACCAAAGUUUCGCUUUUUUU